AUGUGCAACAACGAGACAGAGGCAUACCUGGGACCAGGCAACCAGAGGCAGACCUGGGACCAGGCAACCAGAGGCAGACCUGGGACCAGGCAACCAGAGGCAGACCUGGGACCAGGCAACCAGAGGCAGACCUGGGACCAGGCAACCAGAGGCAGACCUGGGACCAGGCAACCAGAGGCAGACCUGGGACCAGGCAACCAGAGGCAGACCUGGGACCAGGCAACCAGAGGCAGACCUGGGACCAGGCAACCAGAGGCAGACCUGGGACCAGGCAACCAGACCUGGGACCAGGCAACCAGAGGCAGACCUGGGACCAGGCAACCAGAGGCAGACCUGGGACCAGGCAACCAGAGGCAGACCUGGGACCAGGCAACCAGAGGCAGACCUGGGACCAGGCAACCAGAGGCAGACCUGGGGGACCAGGCUGGGAACCAGAGGCAGACCUGGGACCAGGCAACCAGAGGCAGACCUGGGACCAGGAACCAGAGGCAGACCUGGACCAGGCAACCAGAGGCAGACCUGGGACCAGGCACCAGAGGCAGACCUGGGACCAGGCAACCAGAGGCAGACCUGGGACCAGGCAACCCAGGCUGGGACCAGGCAGAGGCAGACCUGGGACCAGGCAACCAGAGGCAGACCUGGGACCAGGCAACCAGAGGCAGACCUGGGACCAGGCAACCAGAGGCAGACCUGGGACCAGGCAACCAGAGGCAGACCUGGGACCAGGCAACCAGAGGCAGACCUGGGACCAGGCAACCAGAGGCAGACCUGGGACCAGGCAAAUGA